AUGUGGCAGAAAGUCCAAUUAUUCUACCAGGGGAUUCUGGAAAAUGGAGACAAAAGGACAGACAGCUGGCUGCUGGUCUACUCUCCUGUGCCAAUUACCUGCAUCUUCCUGAGCUACCUGGUCAUUAUAUGGGUCGGGCCAAAGCUGAUGGCCAAGAGGCAACCAGUCAACCUUAAACCAGUGCUGAUAGUUUACAACUUUGCCAUGGUCUGCCUGUCUGCCUACAUGUUCUAUGAGUUCACAGCCUCGUCCUGGUUGGCCAGAUACAGUCUGCUGUGCCAGCCAGUCGACUACAGCGACAGCCCAGUGGCCAUGAGGAUGGCCAGAGUGUGCUGGUGGUUCUACUUCUCCAAAGUUAUAGAGCUCAGUGACACCAUGUUUUUCAUCCUGAGGAAGAAGAACAGUCAGCUGACCUUCCUCCAUGUCUACCAUCACGCCACCAUGAUCUUCAACUGGUGGGCCGGGGUUAAAUAUGUGGCUGGGGGCCAGUCCUUCCUGAUAGGUUUGAUUAACUCCCUGGUCCACGUGGUGAUGUAUUUGUACUACGGUCUGGCGGCUCUGGGACCGAACAUGGCCAAAUAUUUGUGGUGGAAACGGUACCUCACCUCCCUGCAGCUGCUCCAGUUUUUCAUCGUAACCAUCCACACCACCUACAACAUGUUUGCAGACUGCAACUUCCCCGACUCCAUGAACGCGGUCGUGUUGGCCUAUUCUCUGAGCCUCAUCGCUCUCUUCAGCAACUUCUACUACCGCAGCUACCUCGUCCAGAAGAGGACCAAGGAAACUUAA